CGAUAAAAUAAUAGGGACUUACAAUAAUCAUAAGUUAAAAUGACCAGGAGUAUAAAAAAUUAGAGAAUAAACAAACCAUCACAUGAUUUCAAGGAGAAAUUUUCGAAAAAGUGUUUAUAAAUAAACAUCAAAACAACACUUUUGUGAGCAUGGACUGUAAAAAAAAUCAAGAACAAGAAAAAAAUCCUUUGGAAAAUGGAAAUAUUUUCGUAUUUUUGUCCUUUUCAUGGUUGUUCAAGAUAUUUCGAAGGGGUUAUAAAAAAGAAUUAGAAUUGAACGACAUCUACAAUUGCUUAGAAGAGGAUAAUAGUGAAACUUUAGGAAAUUUAAUAUACAAACUUUGGCAAAUAGAGAAUGAAAAAAAUAAUAAUUUAAAUAAUAAACGUAAAUGCAGUUUAAUAAAAGUUCUCGCAAAAUGUUUUUGGAAGAGAAUAGUCUUGAUUGGUAUGUGGCAAGCAUUUGAUGGUCUUGUUCUCAGAAUUCUUCAGGUGCUAUUAUUUGCUAAGGUAUUAAAUUACUUUAAUAGCAAAAGUCAUGUAUCGAUAACGGAAGCUCUCUGUUGGGCUUCCGGCUUUGCUUUGACAUUAAUAGUGUGUGUAAUGGUCUAUCAACUUGCAAUACAAGCAACGACACGCGUGGAAUUAAAAUUAAGAGUGUCGUGUUCAUCUCUUGUUUAUAGAAAAUGUUUAAAAUUAUCUAAAGCUUACACGGAAAAUCAAGAAACAACAGUAGGUCAGAUAAUCAACAUUUUUAGCAAUGAUAUCAAUAACUUUGAAGCUGGCUUAUUUGGCUUUCAUUAUAUAUGGAUUGCACCAUUACAAUUAAUAAUAAUAACAAUCAUCAUUUAUCGAGAGGUGUGCUUUUACAGUUUUUUAGGAACAUUUAUUAUUUUUUCACUCAUACCCCUACAAGCUUACAUUGGAAAAACGAUAAAAAUUUUGACAAAUAAAGUUUCAUUAAGAACCGACAAGAGACUUUCGUUAUUGGAUGAAAUAAUUGGUGGGGUGAAAGUAAUUAAAAUGUAUGCCUGGGAGAAACCAUUUUCGCGACUUGUGGAUAAAGCCAGAAAAAAGGAAGUUAGCGUUACUAGGAGAAUAGCGUUUUGCAAUGCAUUCAUGAUGGCUUGGGAUAAUUGUGUCUCUCAAUUUUGUGUUUUUAUUAUUAUCAUUUUUUACGUUUCAUUUGAAAAUAAAAUUGUGGCAGAGCAAAUUUAUACGAUAAUAGCAUUUUAUAACAUUAUUCGGACAUCUGUAUUCGUCCUUAUGUCUCAUGGUGUGCAGCGCUUCGCAAAAAAUUUAGUAACAAUUAAUCGUAUCGAAGAAUUUAUGCGUCGCGAGGAAGUAAAUCAAAUAAUAGAAACAAGUAUCGAGAAACAAACACAUGACAAUAUUGCAGUAAAAAUAGAUAAAGCAUCAGCAAAAUGGUCUCAACAAACAAAGAGGGAUACACUACAUAAUGUUAAUUUUAUCGCCGAACGAGGAACACUUUCCGCAAUUAUAGGACAAGUUGGCUCUGGAAAAAGUAGUUUACUUCAUCUUAUUGUUAAAGAACUGCCCCUCACAAGUGGUACUAUUCAAAAUUCUGGAAAAAUUGUCUACGUCAGCCAAGAGCCCUGGAUAUUUGCAUCGUCCAUAAGACAGAAUAUCAUUUUUGGAUUGUCAAUGGAUCGACAACGAUAUCGUCAAGUAAUUCGUGUUUGUCAAUUAGAGGAAGACUUUGCCAAAUUACCGUUUGGUGAUAAGACGUUUAUCGGUGAAAAGGGAACCACAUUGAGUGGAGGACAAAAGGCGAGAAUUAAUUUAGCACGAGCAAUUUAUGUUGAUGCUGAUAUUUAUCUCUUUGAUGAUCCAUUAUCAGCUGUUGAUUCUCGAGUCGGUAAAAGAAUAUUUGAAAAUUGUAUUUGUGAAUUCUUGAAGAAUAAGACUCGAAUCUUGGUGACGCAUCAGUUACAAUAUCUAAAAGACGUUAAUCGGAUAUUUGUUCUGAAUAACGGUAUGCUUGAGAUGAGUGGAACAUUUAAUGAUUUACAGACAUCGAAUUUGGAUUUAUUAAAUAUACUGCCGCUUAAAAGUGACAAUGAUGUGAAACAGGAGAUUAUCGAGAAAGAAGAAUCUCAUUUACUGUCGUGGAAAGAUUCCGUGGAAGAUUUACAGGAAGAAAUGCCGGAACAUCGAAUUGUUGGUAAAACGUCCGGAAAAGUUUAUCUUCACUAUUUUAAAUCUAUUGGAAGUGUUUGGAUUAUACUUCUAGCUGUAUUUCUUGGCAUCUUUUGCCAAGUCACGUCUACUUAUGGCGAUGUCUUUCUCGCGAAUUGGAUUAAUCGCGAAGAUCAUCGAACAAGCAAUACUAAUUUCUCAUCGAAUAAUGAUAAUGCCUCGAGUUUGCAAAUGUAUGGUCUACUGAUAAUUGCGUCAAUGGUACUGACUAAUGCAUUUUUCCUCACAUUAUGCGAAAUGUGCAUGAGAUCAUCAGCGAAUUUGCAUUCAUCCAUGUUUUACAGUCUCAUGCGUACGACAAUGUCUUUCUUUCAAGAAAAUCCAUCUGGAAGGAUUUUAAAUCGGUUCUCGAAGGACAUUAGAGCUGUUGACAAAGAAAUAUUACAAGUUCUACAGGAUGUAUGUCAGAGUAUUUUACUUCUAGUGGCAAUUGUACUUAUCACAAGUAUUAUAAAUCCAUGGCUACUGGUACCCACAUCAGUAGUUGCUGUUAUUUUUUAUUUUCUAAGAAUAAUUUACAUAAGAACGAAUCGCAACCUAAAACGUUUAGAAGCUAUAAAUCGAUCUCCAAUUUACAAUCACAUUAGCGCAACACUAAAAGGCCUGAUAACAAUAAGAGCAUUCCGAGCCGAACAAAAGCUUCUGAGUGAAUUCGAAAACUAUCAAAAUCUUCAUACAUCACCGUGGUAUCUUUUCUACUCUAGUAUAACCUGUCUCACUAUUUACCUACAAUUCAUUUGCUCGAUCUACAUAAUUAUCAUUGUCUUCGCGUUUAUCACCGUCAAGGAAAAUGUACCCGUGGGAAAUGCAGGACUGGUAAUCACCCAAUGUGUCUUGCUUGCCAGUAUGCUUCAGUGGGGAUUUAAGCAAACAACAGAAAUAGAAAACCUAAUGACGUCAGUCGAAAGAAUAAUGGAAUACUGUGAUUUGGAACAAGAAGCUGCACUGGAAACAAAACCAGAGAAUAAACCACCUGUCGAUUGGCCAAAAGAGGGAAGUGUCGAAUUUAGGAAUGUUUCAUUAAGUUAUCAUUCAUCAGGAGCACCAGUUUUGAGGAACAUUAAUUUUUUCGUCGCACCGAGGGAAAAAAUUGGUAUUGUAGGUAGAACCGGAGCGGGAAAAAGUUCUCUAACAAGUGCACUUUUUCGAUUAUCGUAUUUAACAGGAGAAAUAUAUAUCGAUGGGGUCGGUAUCAGUACUCUUGGUCUUCAUGACACUAGAUCGAACAUUAGCAUUAUUCCCCAAGAGCCAUUACUUUUUACCGGUACUCUUAGAAGUAAUUUAGAUCCAUUUGAGAAUUAUUCUGAUGACGAACUGUGGCAGGCUUUGGAUGAAGUUGAACUUAAGAAAUUCAUCAAGAGUUCGAGUGCUGGUCUCGAUGCAAGGGUUUCUGAUGGUGGUGCUAAUUACAGUAUUGGUCAAAGACAACUUCUUUGUUUGGCACGUGCAAUUGUACGGAAAAAGAAAAUUCUUAUUCUUGAUGAAGCUACUGCUAAUGUGGACUUUCAGACUGAUGAACUCAUUCAAAAAACCAUUAAGAGGCGAUUUAAGGAUUGCACUGUGUUCAUUAUUGCCCAUAGAUUAAAUACCGUCAUGGACUGUGAUAAAUUCAUUGUUAUGGAUUCUGGACUUAUGGUCGAAUUUGGUCGUCCUGGUGAACUUUUAGAGAAAAAGGGAUACUUGUACAAAAUGGUACAACAGACUGGAACUGAUAUGGCUCGAGUUCUUACGCAAAUGACCAAAAAAGUAUAAUUAAUAAUAAUCGGAUAGGUAUAGAAUACUUCAUAUUUUCAAGUAUGGAAUAUUUCACUCCAAAAGAUUUCUGAAUAUGGGUGGAAAAAUUAAAAUAGUUUUCUGGAAGGAAAGCCAGUUUCUAUCGAGUGCAAAAAAUUGCUUGUGCGUUGGGUAGAGAGCUAAACAAAAAAUACAAACGCUGUUACAUUCACAAAAUCCAUCCAAACAGAUGUAAAUUUAUUAAGGAGAUAGGGGCAGUCAUCGGUAUAAAAGAAUGAAAAUUUCAAGCAUUUUUUUAAUGUAUAAAAAAACAUUAACACAAAUGUCCAAAAUCUGCUGCUACAUGCCCUGAUUAAGAAUCAGAGAGCCCUCUAGUAAGUAUAAAAUACCUCGAAAACUAUUAAUUGCAUUUUCUUAAAAUUUUCAGGGCAUACUUUCGAGAUGCACUACUUUCAGAAAAUGCGCCAAAAAAAUAGAUUCUUUGAAAAUCCGGUCUGUCCCUAACUCCUUAAUUUCAUAUAAGUAAUAAGUCUAUAAUUAUAGUGUUUUUUCAAAAUAUUUUUUACUAAAGUCAUGAAAUGUUGUAAAACUUUAAAUUUAAUAAACGAUUUCAAAUAAAAAAUAAAUUCAGUUAA